AUGACAAUCCUCUGCCUCCAUGGAUCCUACGGCAGCGCCGCAAAAUUCAAAGUUCAACUCGGGACCCUAGUCGACGCCGUGGAAAAGGCUUUGCCGGGGGGCUUCAAAUGGAUCGACGGCGGUCACACCACCAUGCCACCAGACAAUUUUGCCAGCUACUUUGGCCCGCCACCGUACUUCAGAUUCUUUGAAUUUGAUGGUGUCGGCGCCAUGGAUAACUUGGUUAUGAUGCUCAGAGGAUUCCCCUCCGGAGUCUCAGCUGAAGACACGAUUCGGAAAUUGAUCAAGGAGGAGGAAAUGCCCAGGCUGCAAGCGGUACAGUCCACUGUUGACAGGAUCUUCAAAAUCAUAGACGAGGAUCCAUCGAUAGACGGCUUGUUCGGGUACUCCGAAGGCGCAACGCUAGCGGCUACGCUUGUUCUGGAAGAGCGUCGUCGAGCCGAGGAAGAAGGCCGGCCGCGGCGCAUCAAGUAUGCCGUCUUCCUAGCAGGCUGGCCCCCGGCCCGCCUUAAUCCCUCCACAAAUUCCGUAGAGUGCGUCCUCGCAGAUGAGUGCCUAGACGUGAUCGAUGUGCCGACAUGCCAUAUUAUUGGUUCCAAUGAUCCAUACAUUCACGGGGCUAUGGCAUUGUACAGUGUGUGCGAUGCUGACACGUCAGUUUUGUUUGACCAUGGCAAGGGACAUACAGUGCCUCGUGAUGCGCAGACCAUCGAGGAGCUGGCCGAAGUUAUCGUGAGCGUUCGACGUGAGGGCGAGAAGCUUUCAUCUUAG